AUGCAGGAGGCACCUGUGGGGCUGCACGACGCAGUGCGCAAGGCGGCCGAGCCGUCGCCCGACGCAGAACAGCUGGCUGAAGAGGCCGUACUCACAGUCUCUUCCUGCCUGUCCGAGGCCGCGCCCGUCGCGUUUCGCAUAUCCCAGACACCCGAGCUGAACAAGGCGGCCGAAGCCGAGGAGCUGCUGGCGCGAGUGAGGCACCUCCUGCCCGACCCCACACCCGACGCCGCCUACGAGGCGCUCAGCGACGCGCCGGUCGACGAGGUGCUGCCGACGCUGACACUCGUCAACAGCCUUGCCGAGGAGAUUGAGGAGGGCGAGCUCGCGCAAACCUUCGAGACGGCCGCUGCUGCCAUGAUCGUGACUUACUGGGCGGGGCCGCUUGUGGCGGUGGCGUCUUAUGGGCAGGAGGCAGUGCGGCGCGCCUGGGGGCAUCAGGCGGCUAUGUCGGACGCGGAGGCAAUCGACUUCAUGUUGAGCGAGCUGGCGCGCCUGAGGAUGAGGGCUUUCGAGCAGCGGCCUCCCUCAGUGAUGGCGGCAGUCCAGCAGCUGCGCGAGUCUGUGAGGGGCGCGCUGUAG